AUGUCCCAGCAGCAGUGCACAGAGUCGUUUGUCGAACCUGCUACUCUGUCAAAAAAUCAGAGGAAAGAAUUAGUCCAGACAUCAUUCAACAAACGGAUUCUCGAGCUGAGGAAGAGUUUUGAUGCCCAAGUCCAUGCUAUUGCACAGGAAUUUGUUAGGCACGGUUCACGCUAUUCAGCAAACCAGAUACGAAAGCAAGUUGUCUAUAAGUUUUCUGCACCAAAAAAAGUACGGAAGCCAAUGCUCCCUAAUGCCUGGGCACAUGCAAAGGCGCAGGCACGUCGUAAACAAGAGAAAGCGCUGCCAAACCUCCCAUACUCCAAAGAGUACCUUGAGCUUCUCAACGACAUCAACAAUGAAGAAGUGACGUUUGAUGACAUAAAGAACCCACUUACUCCAAUGGAUGAACAUCACGCACGAGUUGCCUUAGAAGGUGUUGUCGUCAAAAGGGAGAAUCGGGCCCUAAAAGAAAACAUAAUCUCACCUGAACUGUCAGCACAAUGCAUGGCCAUCCAUGCCCGAGACCAGCUCGUCCAAAUCGCAGAGAAUGUGAACCGGGCAUGUGGAAUUCAAGUCAUGAUUAUGAUGGCAAAAGGGUCUAGCGAUGAUUUAUUUGCACCAGUCGUGUGGGCGUCAGAGAAGGCAAAGGAGUAUUGGCUGGGUGUAGCAAAAGAGCCCCUGUGGUUACAUGCCCGGCUUAUGGAGGGAUAUUGCGUCGGGGCUACAAGCAGUGAGUCAAGAAUCGGGAUACUUUACACUGUUGAUGCUGAAACGAUCGAAGAUGUUGUGAAGGUUCAUAAAGCACUCUCCGGUUCAUUGCGUUUCCAGUUGGCAGAAUGGACAAGAACCGAACUACGCAAGGUAACUGGGAAAACUCAGCUUCCAAUGGAGUGGGUGCCUCGGAAUUAUCUAAAGCUCACGAUCCGACAUGGUGUCAAGAUUGACAUGACACACUAUCCAGGGGGUAAGAUAGUUGAGCCCAAAAGGGCCGUGGUCGAUCAUCUUCGAGAGGCUGUCAAGGGAUGGGAAGAUGGGAAAAUCAAAUGGGUUAAGCUGACGGCAGAGGAGAUUGAGCAGCAAAAAGCAGAGCUCAGUACUCUAGAAUCUGAGGCAGCGCAAGCCCAGACUGGCGACCGUAGCGAGUCACAAGCCACAUGCAUCAACCAUGAUGCCGUCUCCGGAUGCCCUUCCACCGUUGAACAACGUGAUGAUGCCUUAUCAAGCCCUAACAGCAGCAUACGGAACAGUGUGGCUGCAGGUGAAAGCAGCACGAGUAUGGGAGAUAACGUAUCACCAGCACGGCCAAGUGGUUUGAACACUGAUAACGCCACACCAGCAAGCAGCGCCACUCACACAGGGACUGAGCCAGCGGCAACCACGGAAGUCAGCUCCAGCUCCAGUAGGGGUACUAACUUGAGGAAGAAGCGCAAAGCGCCAGCAGACCCGAAGCCACGUAAAUCUCGCCGACAGAGUACCUUCCCCGGCAACGAGAGGGCAGGGGGAUAG